GGAAACCCCGCGUGCUGCCGGGAUCGCGUCUCCGUCCACGCAAGGGGGGGAGGGGGUGGCGCGCGCGCCAUUUCUAGUCGUUUUCAAAGCGCCUCGCGCCGAUUCUCACGGGCCAGGCCGCCAGCCCCCCGCUCUGCCCUGCAGCAUAAUAAAAUGGCUAAUCAGGUGAAUGGUAAUGCGGUACAGUUAAAAGAAGAGGAGGAACCAAUGGACACUUCCAGUGUAACUCACACAGAACACUACAAGACACUGAUAGAGGCAGGCCUCCCACAGAAGGUGGCAGAAAGACUUGAUGAAAUAUUUCAGACAGGGUUGGUAGCUUAUGUCGAUCUUGAUGAAAGAGCAAUUGAUGCUCUCAGGGAGUUUAAUGAAGAAGGAGCUCUGUCUGUGCUACAGCAGUUCAAAGAAAGUGACUUAUCUCAUGUUCAGAACAAAAGUGCAUUUUUAUGUGGAGUUAUGAAGACCUACAGGCAAAGAGAGAAACAAGGCAGCAAGGUACAAGAGUCCACAAAAGGGCCUGAUGAAGCAAAGAUCAAGGCCUUACUCGAGAGGACUGGUUAUACUUUGGAUGUAACCACAGGACAGAGGAAGUAUGGUGGUCCUCCGCCAGACAGUGUGUACUCGGGUGUGCAGCCUGGAAUUGGGACAGAGGUCUUCGUAGGUAAAAUUCCCAGAGACUUGUAUGAGGAUGAGUUGGUGCCCCUUUUUGAGAAGGCUGGUCCUAUCUGGGAUCUCCGCCUCAUGAUGGAUCCACUCUCUGGUCAGAACAGAGGCUAUGCGUUUAUUACUUUCUGUGGAAAGGAAGCUGCCCAGGAAGCAGUUAAACUGUGUGACAGCUAUGAGAUUCGCCCUGGUAAACACCUGGGAGUGUGCAUUUCUGUGGCAAACAACAGACUUUUUGUUGGAUCCAUUCCAAAGAAUAAAACUAAAGAGAACAUUCUGGAAGAGUUCAGUAAAGUCACAGAGGGUUUGGUGGACGUUAUUCUCUAUCAUCAACCCGAUGAUAAAAAGAAGAAUCGGGGGUUCUGCUUCCUUGAAUAUGAGGAUCACAAGUCAGCAGCACAAGCCAGACGCCGGCUGAUGAGUGGAAAAGUCAAAGUGUGGGGAAAUGUAGUUACAGUUGAGUGGGCUGACCCCGUGGAAGAACCGGAUCCAGAAGUCAUGGCAAAGGUAAAAGUUUUAUUUGUGAGAAACUUGGCUACUACAGUGACAGAAGAAAUAUUAGAAAAGUCGUUUUCUGAGUUUGGGAAACUGGAAAGAGUGAAGAAGUUGAAGGAUUACGCAUUCGUCCACUUUGAAGACAGAGGGGCUGCCGUGAAGGCUAUGGAUGAAAUGAAUGGAAAAGAAAUAGAAGGGGAAGAAAUUGAAAUUGUCUUAGCUAAGCCACCAGACAAGAAAAGGAAAGAGCGCCAAGCUGCUAGACAAGCCUCCAGAAGCACUGCGUAUGAAGAUUAUUAUUAUCACCCUCCUCCCCGAAUGCCACCUCCAAUGCGAGGUCGAGGCCAAAUUCCUGUUUAUUCUAAUGACUUUGCUAAAUGA